AUGGCAGCCAUUUACGAGCCGCCGUCCAACGUGCACCACAAGUUCGCUACGCGAAAGAUAGGGGAAACCGAGAUGCCCCUUGCCUUCCGUAGCGCACUUCUGGCACUUGCGAAGGCUUCCUGUCCAAGAAUGGACCACGACGGAGUCAACUCGUUGGUCCUUGAGAGUCUGCUGGCUUUGGCUAAGGACCUCAACAUCGUUUUACCGGCCAUGGACGACGACAAUCUUUCGUCCAUCAGGGUUGCGAAAUGCAUCCAGGCUCACGGCAUAAGGGGGUUGGGGCAUGGUCCGCGUCUCACGAGGGGCCGGACACACCUGCAGAUGUGGAGCCCGUCGCAGCCUGUGCAUCCACCCAUAGUGGAGGUGGGGGCGAGGGGACGGCAUAGUGCGGCAGGCGGACGACCAGCGACGGCAGAAGACAUCUCCUCAUCCCGGGAGCAGCCCCAUUGUGUGCUUCAGCUGCGGCCUGCCAGGACACGUCUUGUUGGGCUGGCGCGUACCACGAUGAUGCCUCCCCGGACCACCGCCAUCAUCCGCCCGACCGUCCUUCGAUCCACUGCACCCCAAGCGCUACUGUACGCGCUGCGUGUUGAUGAGCCGUCUGGCCAACUCUCAUACUGGUUGGAGGUCAUCCAGGAUUACUCCUUUAAGGUUACCUAUCGCAAGGGCUCCCGUCACACGAACGCUGAUGGCCUGUCCCGAUUACCAACGAGCGGCGGGUGCGCAUGCUUCUCGGGCUCUGGGCGCUGUAAGCCGGCCGCAAAGGCCUCAUCCUCUCCCCUCGCGGUGUCGGCCGAAUCAGCGGCGACGAUCACUGAGGCAUUCCUCAAUGGCUAUGUCAUGGACAAGGGUGCUCCCGAGCAUCUUCUGACUGACCAGGGCAGAAAUUUUUCUUCGAAGAUGUUGCGGGAGAGCAUCGGGGCACUUAGGUCUCUGGCGAGACGUGGAAAAGAUCCCGAGUUGCUGGGCUUUGAAGAAGAAGAAGAAAGGCAGGGGGUCAAAAUGAUGAAACUCACGGACGGCGCGGUGCACGUGGAAGACGCGCAGGGAGCGUUCUCCUACGGGAUGAAGCUGCCCUGGGACAUUAACGACCCCAAGUUGCCACAGGACCUGAAGCAGGUGGACCCUUUCCAGGAGUGGAACGACGGAUACGCGCGCUUCGUGUUCAGCGCCGAGGAUAAAAACGCGCAGCGCCACCUGAGCGGCUGGGCCAUGCGCAACACCAACAACCACAAUUGCGCCAUCCUCAAGAAGUCGUGCCUGGGCGUGGUGGCGUGCGGCCGGGCCUGCACCAUGCCGGACGGCCGCAAGGUGCACCUGAGGCCGGCCAUCUGCGACAAGGCUCGCCAGAAGCAGCAGAAGAAGCUGUGCCCCAACUGCGGCUCGCCGCUGGACCUGUUGCCGUGCCGGGGCCACAGCGGCUAUCCCGUGACCAACUUCUGGAGGCACGAGGGACGAUUCAUAUUCUUCCAGGCCAAGGGCUCGCAUGACCACCCGCGGCCUGAGAGCAAGACAGAGGCGGAGGCCCGCAGAAGCUCCAGCAAGCGGCGCCUGGGGCUGGCGGGUGGCUGCGUGCAGAGAUCCAAACGGGGCGCAGCGCCAGAGGUGAGCCCUGGCUCCUGGAGAUUGGUCGCCUCGCGCUGGAACUCCCCUUGCCCCAGCCGUCCAUGCUGUCGACUCCCUGCCAAUACUCAAUGCGGCAUCUUGAAAUGCGGUCACACUCAGGCGCUGCAAACGCAAACUGUAAUUGGAGCACACAUUGACUCAUUGACACGCAAAUUGCCUCCGCUUUACCCCUCGCAGGUCGUUUGGUACUCCAACAUCAACGGCUACAACCCGAUGCCCUCCAUGUCGUCCGUGGGCAUGGAGGCCCGGCAGGCGCUCGACCCCAGAAUCAGCUCCGUGUGGAGCUCCAAGCAGCCGCCCCUUAUCCCGCAACCGCGUUGCGAGCCCUCCGUUGGCGGCGGCAGCGGCUUCCACGUCCCCAGGAUGCCCAAUGAACGCUUCUACUUCCCGGCGCCGGCAUGCAGCUACGAGCUUGCCAUCCCCAACUAUCUGUCGCACUCCUCCCCGUACCCGGCGGCCCUCCUGGGCGACCACAGGGACUACAAGCCCGAGCAGAGCCUCGUCAAGGCCGGCGACGCUUACGCGCACGCGUACGACGGAGCCCGCUUCGCCAUGGGCCACUUCGGCCAGGACGGCGUGCACGAGCACGUGGCCCAGCCGCCCAAGGAGACGCGGCACCAGAGCUACAAGCAGCCGAAGAGCAACGGGAAGUCCGAGUACGGGGAGAAGUACGAGGGGGGAGACGCCGCCGCCGCCGUCAAUAGCGGUGGCGGCGGCAGGGCGCUCUCCUACAGGGACGCGUCGAGGCACAGGGACGUCGGCUGUGUGGCGGCGAGCAGUGGCGACACGCCCGCCCUCCAGACCAUCAUCACCACGACCACCAAAGUGUCCUACCAGGCGGCCUUCAAAGCCAACGCCGUGAAGUGCGCCGAAGCGCCGUUCGAGCAGAGAGCCGUGGAAAGCGGCUCGUACCCCGCGGCUGGCGCUCACUCCUCGGGCUACUCUGAUCGCAUUCUCCCCACGGACAACCCGUACCUGCUCGCCAAUAAGUACGCGAGUCCCUACCAGCAGGUGUACUCGUCGCCCCGCAAGGUGGUCUCCGCUGAAGCCGGGGAGGAGUACGGCCCGCUGAGUGGCGCGUACAAUGACCGGCUGUGCCUCAACUUGCAUUCCUGCAGAUACGACAAUCUGGGCUGCUAGGGUUAAUCGUGAGAUGUGCCAUCCCCAGAGCAUUGUGGGUGGUGGAGGGGAAGGGGUGCUGAAGGGGAUUGAGCUUCCCCCCGUUGAAGGUUCAGCCUCCCGUGAUUCCGUUUAACAUUAAAAUGUUCUUGAACUUUGUUUAGCAAAGAUCGUGCCGUGUCCCCCUUUAGACAAAGGUCACACUAGGGGCUUGUGUGUGGCGCGGUUGUUAACGGGCUGUCGGGCUACGAACCCGGCGGCGAGAUGAGAAUAAAAAUAUUAACAAUUCGGAAAAGUGAAAGUUGAGUUUGUGUUCCACUGCCACGUUUUAUUAUUCGAUAGAAAAUGUGGAGAAAAUAUAGAAAUGGUCAUUUUCUUUUGGGGGGAUAUUUUCAAACUGUCUUUUUGUUGUUUUUUGCUUCCAUUAAUUUAAUGUGUACAUAAUAUAUAUUUUUUUCACAACAAAGAUGAAAGAUCGUGACUGUUGAACAAAAAUGUGUAACGAAAUCCAUGACGAUAACACGUAUUUUCUUCAUUGAAUAAUAUAUAGUGGAUUAAUAUUUGCAAGACUGCAUGAAAUUAAUAUGAGCCAUGGAUGGUCAACACAUUAAAGUACUUCUAAUUCUCUAAACACAGUAAAGUACAGUCGUGACAUUUACUGUAAUAGGCUUACUGUGAAACCUCCAAUUGCACCGAUAGCCAAAAGUCAGGGUUUCGUGUUUAGAGCUCUUGUAUUCAAAGUGCCGCGGAAAGUGUGGACCUAUACAAAGCGGUUGAGGUCAUGUACUCCCAAUGUCAACAGACACUUGUGUCGAUAUGCAUAUGCAUGUGGUAUAUACACAAGGAAUGUUGUAGUUGCCAACAAAAGGGGAUGCACCUGAAGUCUUAACACUGCCUGCAAUUGGAAAAUGUUGGGAUACUUUAAACGUAGCAUGCAGUUUUUACUAAAUAUGUUAAAUUAUCAUUGACGGCGAUGGAAUAUUAAAAGUACAUUUCCUAAAACCGGAUAUGGGUAGCGCAAUGGCGCAGUGUUUAUCGCACUCCACUGUGAACCUAGCGAACAUGAGUUUGAUUCCCAGCCACGGCUAAACAAAGUGGGGCCUGAUUUCCAAACCCGGUUCUGGGGCCCUCUCAUCACCAACCCACACUGACGAGCAUGGUGAAGUGUGGCAUGAUAUCCGUUGCUAUGUUUUUUUUAUACGUUCAAACAUCGCCAACAUCAUGGAAUAAACGUAUUGAAUAUAUCCUCAAUUGUCAAAAACGUAUUGAAUGACUUCACGAAUGCAGCCAUAUUUAUCGUCAACAUAUUACGUAACUUUCAAGAAUUUUGAUCUAUUUGUUGCACAUUAAAAUAACUAAUAAAUGAUAUGUUUCCAUUUAAUGUGUCCUCGAUCAUUAUUAAACAUAUAAUGUAUUGGUUGUUUUAAUAUGUGCAACAAACGUAAUAUUUGGAAAUCUUGAAAACUAUUCAACAUGUUCAGGAUGUAUAAAAACUUAAGGGCAUAUUCAUUAAGUUAAGUGAUUUAAUACGUCGCCGAUAAUUGAGGUUACAUUAAAUGUUUUCUUGGGUAUCUUGUCGAUUUAACAUACAUUACAAAUCAAACAAAUAUCAUGCCAUAAUGAAGUCCGGUCAAAGAUUCCAUAACGCACACGGUAUGGGGAGGCUCUCAUCGACCAGCUUAUUGACCGGAAGUUUACUUUUCUAAAAUGUUGUCACAACCAAUUUAUACCAGAUGUACCGCGUGACAUGCACAUUAGAUUGUCUGAAAGAAAAAAAACAGGUUUCGCAGAUAUAUUCUACUGCUUCACAAGUCCGAUGUAUUCACGUUAAAUCGAUAAGUUAUUACGUAAUAACGGAAAUGUUGAAAUGGUACAGAAUGUUGCGCCCUCAGGCAGGGAUGUGCGCACUUCAUCCUUCAAAACGUCGUCCACAAGCAUGCUUGAAAAUAUAAUCUGUGCAACCCAAAAAAAACCCAACAACGCUUAAUACUGUACGUUGUCUCAGUCACACACUCGCAUCGCAAGUUAGGUCACGGAACAAGGGGUACGAUGUGCCAACAUCCACUGGUGCCGUUCGUUGUCGCGGGCGAGUUUAGCUUCGUCUUUCUUUGACACGAUCGCUAAAUCAUGCCCUGACCCAAGUGUGGAAAUGUCUCGCAGAAAUUCCAAAUUAAAACAUGACAAUUUCUUCCUAUUAUUAAACCCGUAUUCUUGUAAUCUUCAAUCGUUUACUUGCGGAUCGUGUACUAUUUACUGGUAGCUUUGAUAUUCAGAAUAAAUCUUAAGUCACAAUGGAUUUCCGACAUUUUACAGAUCACGCGUCGUGGGCAUUUCAAUCUCUUCCAGGAAGCCUGACCAGCAUGGAAGAGUAGGCCAAAUACCAUCUAAAGGAGCUGUCUAGAGCUCCCUCCAGUGGAGGCCUCGUCUGCCAGCAGGCGUGUGAGCAAGCAAUUCCAGGGCUGUGCCUUUAGCUUUUACACGGGGCUCAUUGUGUUCGAUGGGGCUCACUUUGCUUGUUAAUAAGUCAUUGGGCAUGAGUAUUUUAUAUAUUAAAAAAAUGUAAACAAAAAUGGGAAGAAACAAUUAAGUAGAGUUAUUGUUGUAUUAAAAUUAUUAAUUGAGAUGUUAACAGUGUCAUCGUGUUUUGCACUGGUAUUAUGUGACCCAGAAAACCCCAAAACUGUGACUUUUGUUCUUCAUGAGAUGUGUCUUAAAACGUGCUUGCUUGACAUUAUCGACAAUUUUCCAGCUUGUAAAACAAAAUAUGCUUUAAAAUGUAUGCUAUAUACUUUGAAGGUGGGAAAACAAGCAAUAAUCAUGCUCAACGUUCAUACGUAUCCGUAUGUUGUCUAUAAAUAUUAUAUCAACCCAUGUAGCGUUAGCAUCGGAGAGCAGUUCAUUAUUUUUUACACGGACAUGGCUGCCGACUUAGGCGAACGUAAUCGGGCUUCCUCUUAACACUAAGAUGUGGGGUUUCUUUUGUAGAAGUGGCAUUUCUCUCCGCGCAUUGCUGUUUUGCUAUUAAAAACGUGUCAAACAAACAAGCGUAGGACACUUUUUUUGGUGUGUGUGACCUCUUUUCAUUAUUAUUAUGAUUAUUAUGAUUAUUAUUUGGACGACCUGGCAGUGAGAGAACGGACAUGCGGUUUGACACACGUCUGCCGCCACAGCCCAGAGCACGCUGUCUGAGACGCACGCGGAACGGACGCCGCGACGAGGAACCGGCUAGUCUAAACAACACAUAUUCUCCUGUACACUCCGCUGAACCCCAACCUUAUAUCUAAGUAUAUCGGGUUCCCCCCCCCCCCCG